UGCGGACGUGUAGAUCAGAUCUCUGUAUAUGGGGCUAUCGCGCUGAUGACGAACGGUUUGGCUUGCGUGUUGUACGUGACUUGAAGUAAUGUGUAUUCGGUAAAUUGUUGAUUUUUUGUUUGAUGACUCAGGGAAGUCCGUUAAUGCUUUUUUGGAGUUGCGAGGUUUUCUGAUGCGAUUUGAAUGUUGCCAUAAGGCUCUAGCUUGAAUUUGAGUCACUAACUAACGUCCAAAACAAGUGGAUUUGGGCUCCAUAUAUGAUGCCACAGGAUAACAUGAACUCCCUGAUUCAGAGACUUGCCCGCCAGGCGCUCGCGACCUUCCGCCACCAGGCCAGUGAGGAGAGCAAGGCAUUUGUGGAGAACCACAGCAAGCUGAGGAACCUGCUGGCGGAGGUCAGGACGGCGGAUCUGAAGAUUGUUCCUCGGUGUAUAGAGAGCACCUCUGCGCCUCCGCAGCCCUUCGGUCCGCCUGUCACCUACAUGCACAUUUGCGAGACGGACUCCUUCAGCAUGGGGGUGUUUCUGUUAAAGCACGGCUCCUCGAUUCCGCUGCAUGACCACCCAAACAUGUACGGCUUGCUAAAAGUGCUUUACGGCAAGGUCAGGGUUAGUUGUUACGACAGGUUGGACUCCUCACCCGACAGCGCAAGCGGGAGACAGUUUAAUCAUCCACUGCUCCCCUUUCAGAAAACGGCCAUACGGCCGUCCGUGCGUCGGUCUGUAGGGGAGUACACAGAGGAAAGCCCCCCGUGUGUCUUAUACCCACAAAGGGACAACCUGCAUCAGAUCGAGGCCGUGGACGGACCCACUGCCUUCCUUGAUAUUCUGGCCCCACCUUACGACCCAGACGACGGCAGAGACUGCCACUACUAUAAAGUUCUGCAGCAGGAUCCCGAAGGUGCAGAAAGAAAGGACGGUGGCCAGGACCAGACAGAUUUAUGGCUAGUGGAGAUCCCUCAGCCUAGUGAUUUCUGGUGUGGUGCUGAACCUUACCCAGGGCCAAAAGUUAUCCUUUAAACGAACUGCCACCUCCACUGAAGGAAUACUGAAGGAUUAGGUAGAUCUACGGAAGCCUGAUUUCUGUAUUGUCCUGGUACUGUAUUGUCCUGACAGCAAGCUGGACUCUGCAAACAACCACAACUAUUUUUGACCUCUCCUGGACAUGUUGCUAUGUCUCAAUUUUACAGUUGUAACCUGGCCUGUCUAGCUAAGACUGCCUUGUGUGUUGACUAUUUCCAAGCAAAAUGCUCUUUGAUUUACCGUAAUUUCAUCUGUUAUUUGAAAAAGUACAUAUUCAACAAAUAAUAGACCUAUUUCUUGUAUAUAUAGAAUGUGUGGUGGAAAAGACAUUAAAAUGUAAUCUGUAAUAAAUUAACAAAUGUUUCUGAAGAGCCAGACCCAUGGCAUAUAUUCUUUUGGUUUUAAAUAACUAGAUCCUGAUUUAUUAUUAUUAUUAUUAUUAUUAUUAUUAUUAUUAUUAUUAUUAUUGUUAUUACCCACCCUGCUUUGUGAUUUGGUAAUCUACAUUUCAGUAUGUCAUACACACUGGCCUUAUGUUAUAUUGCUACUGAAGUAAAUGAGUAAUUUUGUAUCCAGCAUGCAUUUCCUAACAAGCUCGCAUUUCAAUUUCACUGUGGACCUUGUGCCCAAAUGAGAUUGUGCUCAAAUGAGAUUCUUUACAGCAGUGGUUCUCAUCUGUUGGGUCACACUCAAAAAAGUGGAUUGCAUAUGGACAUGAAGUGGGACAAUGGUAUGUUCUCAGUCAAUAGGUCGAAUAAGUUUGCACAAAUUUUGACCAUGCAUUUUUAUUUUGAAAGGCAUCUGGUAUUUCACGAUUACAGACAUUAAUUGACUGCUUACACUGCUUGUUUGUCUGUAUUGGUUGCCUGACAGUAAACAGUGACAAAUAAGUGUACAGUCAGCUUCACCUUACAUUUACAUAGAGCACAACACACUGGUAUUUUUUAGAGUAAUGUCUUAAGGUUUUAUGACAACUUUGUGAAUCAAGAGCACUUAAGAACCACUGCUAAAGAGUACAUUACAUAACUGAAUGACAUUUUUUUUGUUUUGUUUUUUUUAGCACUUACACAGCUAUCUGCAUGAUUGAAGCUUGAACUAUUUUGUAAAUUAUUCAGUUUAGUGCUGUUGAAUCCCUAAAAUUUGGGGUAAUUACAAACAAUAAAUUUCUGAUUUCCUUAA